GUCCUCGCUCCUCCUCUCCAUGCAUCCAGGCGGGCGCAGCAUGGGCAGCAUCCUCUUCCUCCUCCUCCUGGGAGCAGUGUCAGAGGUCUCUGGGCUUCAGGGGUCUCCAAGCCAAGAGCCGAACACCAUGAAGAUGCCAAGAAGAUCCCAAGCGGCUCAGCAGGACCCUUCCCUCUCCUCUGGGUCUUCUGCAAGGUCUCUCUUGCCCUCUCAUCAGCCACAACCAACUUUGCCAGCAUUGUCCACACAUCUGCAUAGAGAAACUCCCACUGAAUCAGCAGACUGGGCAACAAGGAGGACUCAGUUCCCUGGAACAGCAGAGAGCAAGGGGUCCCUGGGUGUCUCGGGGGGCAAUGGGCACCCCCGCUUGCCCCUACCUCUGGUCCCAACCAGGUUCAUGACCCUCCUUCCCAUGCUGACCCUGCUCCCUGCAUCUGUUUACCCCAAAGACACCACGGGACCAGCACCCACCCCUUCACCUGCCUCCCAAGGAGACCCCAGCCCUGGCCCUGGAGGCUGGCCCUCCAUUCAGGUAUCCUUGCCAUCGCUUCUGGGCUCCAAUGCGGAGGUGCAACGCAGGUGGACCGAGGCUGGAAAAGGGGCUAAAGACACGAAGGAUGAGAGAUCUAACACCACCAUGGCAGAAGGGUCAGAGGGGGCCCCAACUGAGACUCCUUGCAAUGAUGGGAGAUUCUGCAGCCCAACAGCCCAGAUCGGGGGCACAGAAGUCAGGGGCACGAUUCUCACUUGGACACAACAGCCAGCUACUGAGCCAGCUCUCCCGUGGUUGCCAUCCCGCUCUGCAGCCUCAGGACGAAGGGCAAAUAUGCCCACCGGCACAACAGAUUUGGCCUCGGCAUCCAUUCAGAGCUCUCAACAGAUGGCUACAGGAGAGACAGGGGCUAAUGAGGACUCUGUAGGACUGGCAACAAAGCCAAGCCUCUUUCUUCAAAGCCAGCCUCCAAAGCCUUGGACCUCUGUGCACCCAGCGUCCCCAAAGUCCCGCGAAGAAGGCUCAAUGGCCAAAGAGGAGGAGGAUGUGCUUCAAGACAGUUUGUUUGGGAGCUCAGUUGCCUCCUGGAUCCAUGGAACAACAGUCUCUUUGCAGGAGAGCAGAAAUGGCUCAGAACUCCUGGCAGGGAUUCCAACACCAUCCCCAUCUGCAGAGCCCUCCUCCUCCUCCUCCUCCUCCUCCUCCUCCUCCUCCUCCUCUUCUUUUGGGGGAACAUCUUCACCUCCGUAUUGGAUGAGAAUCUCCAGCAAUAGCCCCAACCCUACCAUUAGCCUUGGAGUGGGGGCUUCAGAUGACCCUCAGACCCCUGACUUGCUCCCGUUGCCCACCAACCUGGACUGGCUCUCUCUGGAUGCUCCCAAGAGACAGUCGGACUCCUCUCAGGGCAGUCUUGGACCUUUCCUAUCUUCGGAUGCUGCAGAAGAGUCACUAGAAGGACCCCUCCCCACUUCGGGAGAAGAAACAGGAACUCUUCAGGCCCCAUUGGAAUCCUUCAGGACCUUAUUUGCAAAAGGGAGUGGCCCCACACAGCAAACACAGGCCCCCCACAUUAGGUCCACAAAUGCUGAAUUGGGCUCCAAUGCAAUCGAGGCCUCAGACAGUCUUAGGGUGUCAAUAGACCCCACAGAGAGACCACAUAGGCUUCCCUCUCCUUCUGCAAAGCAAGAAGGGGCUCCAACAGGGUUUGAGAUGGUAGAGACCCCCAAUGGCAGGACUCCCGGGAUGAUUGGCCAGAGCCCCACCCCAAACAAGUGGCCCUCGGGGCCCCCGUAUGCCAUGGAGGCGGCCCAGGAUCCAGAACUACCCCCUAAAAUGGCCACAUCCUCCAAUCCACAUUCCAAAAAGGCAACCAUGGUGCCCGAGUAUCGUUCUGCAACCCAAGAGACAUCUGCGGACAGGACUCACAGCUGGGAAGCGGGAUCUGGUCCCAGGGAGGAAGCCACACUCUGGCCCCAGAUCUCUCCGACUGAGACCCCCCGGGGCUUUUGGAACACCUGGCCGCCCAUGACAGCCCCUGACCUAGGCAGCAUUGCCAGGGAGGAGCCCCCAGUUGCCAGCACUUGGCUCCUGGCCCCUGGGUCAGAGGAGGAGCAGCCGGAGGGAGAGGCCACAGGGAAGACCCCGCCGAGGGAAAGCGGCCCUAGGGCACCCCCCAUCUUUGUGGCAGAGAACCAGCCACCCCUUCUGAAAGCUGCUCUCUUGCGCGUCCCCUGUGAGCUUGUCCUGGACAUGGACUUUUCCAGGAGCCUCCGAAAUCCAGAGUCGCCUGAAUACCAGAAUUUGGUGCUCAGCGUCAAUGAAACGAUCACCCCUCUUUUGGUCUCUUUGCCUGGAUUCCAGUGGCUGGAAGUGAAGACAAUACGCCCCGGGAGCGUCGUGGUGGAGUUCGAUGCCAUCUUCCUGGCCAUGGCUCCGGGCCUCUGGGUGGCCCUGGACCGGUCGGCCCUUUCAGCGRGCUUGCCCCCAGGGCUCUGGGUGGGCAAUGCCAGUCUCCUSCGGAGCAGGACACAAGAGAGGCACCUGGAUCCCUGCACCACGCUCUUCUCCUGCCGCGAGGGCUAUGAAUGCGUCGCCACCACCGAAGGGGCCCUCGCCAGCGCCACCUGCGUCUCUGCCUGCCACCGGGACUAUUGCAAGAACCAGGGUAUCUGCACCCAUGCAGCCAACCAGACCCCCGUCUGCCAGUGCCCUGUGGGCAGUGACUUCUGGUUCCUGGGCCUCCGCUGUGACUUCCGCGUGACCCAGCAGGGUGUCCUGGGCGUGGCCUGUGGCCUUCUGCUCAGCCUAGUGGCACUUGGCCUGGCCGUGGCUGGAUUGGUCAUCCGCAGGGUCCGGCUGCUGUUGCUGGAGGCUAGAGCCGACCAGACCAAGAGCAGCUAUCGGCGCUUCUGCCGCCUGGAUGAUGUCUCGGCACACUACUGGUCCGAACCGUGGCUGGCCUCAGCCAAUUCCUUGGACAACCCGGCCUUCAGCAACUCGGAGGAGUUGCUCCACUUGCAGAUCCUGGACACCGGCUGCUAUGGCACUCAAGAGGAGCCCCUGGCCUCCGGCGGCUAUGGAAACCCCAUUCACGGCAACCUCCAUCUUGGCUCCGUGGGGCAACCCAGUUCCGCUUUGCAUUGGGAGGAGAGCUCUCUCGGUGCCAACGAUCCCAUGAUCGACUCGGGGAAGGCCAGUGAGGUCUCCGUCUGCAGCUGGGCCUUGGAGCCCAUCCAGUGGAGCCCCUUCCAUGGACUCCAGCGGUCAAACAGGGAGCCAGCGCCAAAGUCUCCACGGCCCCUUUCCUGCUGCGAAGGGAUGGAGCUGGUCAGCCUGGAGAGAAGCUGGACAGCCUGAGUCCUGCGGGUCAAAGUGUGGUUUUCAAAGAAUGGAUCUUCAACGGUAGCAAAACUCUAACCUCAGACUGUGCAGUCUGCAGCUGUGGGUCUCCAGAUGUCAAAGUCCAAAGGGUCAACCUGGCUGGCAAAGGUCUCUGGCGGUGCUCAAACAGCUUGGUGACCAUAAAGGAAGAUGGGAUCUGUCACCCAAUAAAGCUAAAGAGCCAGACUCUGCAGGAAGGGAGUCUGCCCAGAGAAAGAGGAAACCGGAUGCUCCAAUAAUAUUAUUGUUGUGUAUUAAAGUAAAGCUGUGAUCGAGGUAUAUUAAAGGGCAAUCCUUUUUCCAAAAAAACGUA